CUGGCUUUCGAAACAAGACUCGAACACGCUUCAUACUACUCUUGUGAUACUACUCUUGUGGACUGUAAUAGAGUCUCGAAGACAGCCAGACGCGAGACCGUGCAACUAUGUCGGAAUUGGGUCGAUUGCGCACACCCUCCCCACUUCCUGGGGACGUACUGAAGCGUUUCCUCACUCAAAACCCUGAAGCUAUGCGGAGUUGGCUGACCAAGCUCAGCAUCGUCGCCAACUCGACUUCGCCAGUCAACAAAUUACCCCCAGAAUUGUUCACGGAGAUUUUUGAGUUCAUUCUCGCUCCGAGGUACGGCCAUCAUGAAGAAUGGUCGUUCAUCACGGUGCUGCUGGUCUGCCGCCGUUGGCACGAUCUCGCCGUCUCCUCGCCGACCCUGUGGACUUCGAUUACGGGCGACAUGUCACUUCAAGUCAUGGCAGCUUACUUGCGUAGAUCGUGCAAGAGGCCGCUCUCGGUUGCUGCCCGAGCGGAAACCUUCAGCGUUCCUCGGAACGACUUCCUCGACGCACUCGUUCCCCACUUUAACCGAAUUGUGCGUUUGGAUACGCAUGGCCCUCACACCCAGCCCUACUUUGAAUGUCGCAUGGAGCGACUGUCCUCUCUGCACAUCGAGGAUAGCUAUGACCCCGAGGUCCCGAAGGCCCGCCAGACACUCGUCAUCCGCGGUGACCAUCUCCCAGCGCUCAAAGUCCUCACCCUUGUCGCGCUGGAAGUCAAGCCGCGGAUCGUCAACAUGUCAGGCUCCUUGACGUCCCUCGCAUUGGACAAUAUGACCUUUGACACUUGGAACGAUUUGUUCGACCUACUCAGGGGUUGUCCGGCCCUGGAGAACCUCACCAUCGAAACCUUCGAAGUAUAUGGCUCAAUGGACUCGACCUCCGUCACCACGGGCCAGCCUAUCAUCGAACUCCGGCGCCUCCGGGAUUUCUUCUGCGAGUGUCGUCACGAACAUGAUCCUUUUUCCUUCCUUCUGGCUCGUCUGUCAGUUCCGCCCACGGCGAUGAUGAGCGUCUACGCGUACCUGGACACCAUGGGGCAACAAUAUGAAGCCUUCAUUGAUAGGAGUCAGGCCAUAGACCUACGGGACACUGUCAUCGCGGACAUCUUUCCAACGGACGAGAAACUCUACCCUGCAUUCCCUGCAAUCCGGGAUGUGCAGUUCAGCAUCAAAGACGACCGUGAAGUCACAGUCAGAGCAUCCACUGUGGAAGGCCUUCGUACCGGUGUUGCAUCGUUUGUCAUCGACGUUUACCUGGAGGAGUGUUUCAAUCAUAGGUCUGUUCAGAAGCAAGUGCAAUCCGAACUGGGCACAGUGUUCCCCCCGACGUUGACCACCCUACAUAUAUACCUCGCCGACAACCAAAUGUACGACACACGGGAUGGUUACCUGGAACUCACGGAGAGCUGGAAGAGCCUAUAUGAUGCGUUCCCGCAACUCGAAGAACUCUACGCUGCUGGACCGACUCUCGACUUCUUCACGGACUUCCUGUCCGACAUCGGCCCGGCGCUAUCAACCAGGACAGAGACACCGCCGCCUUGGCCGAAGUUGACGCGAAUCAAGUUCGAGUGCACCGAUGGGGAACUCGACGCCGGCGAAUCGGAGGCGAUCAUGCAAGCCAUCACGACCUCGAUCUGUGCCCGUCGCGACGCCGUCUCGGUGGAACGCUUGCAACAUCUUGUGCUGGUGUUUCCCGCGGAACCGCCGAAUUUGCGGACGUACUUGGGACGAUUGCGAGGCGUCACGGAAGAUCUCGUAUGCAAUGUCGCUGGGAAAGAGUUCGUACUGGACGAUCCUGCUAUCGAACGGGUGAUAAGGGUGUGAGAGUGAAGUGAGUGCUAGAGUACUAUGCUAUAGGGUGUCGCUAGUGAUUGACAUCUACGAGGGGCCUGCGGGUGCCAUUAUGUUUGCA